AUUUUAGCACAGAAUCUUUAAAUAUCUCAAAUGAUCUUUAAAAAUCCCUAAUAAGUGCUUUACUAUUAUUAUUAAGAAUUUUUCCGUUGAUUUUCUUACUUAUUUUUAUUUAAGGCAUCAACAUCGAUUAUAAAAUACACUCAAUCCCCAACAUGGAACGAACAAUUAACAAUUGCGGAAUUAUUCCCCCCUUUAUGCCAAAGAAUAAAGCUUCAAUUAAAAACAAAAAGUAGAAAAUUUAGUGCUGUAAAAUAUCUGUAUCUUCAUUCAAUAGCGAACGAUCAAGAAAACGGAUUUUUACCAACAUUCGGUCCAGCUUACGUUCAUUUCUAUAACAAAGAUCGAUUUGGCGAUGUUUACGUUGGAAAAAUCUUAAUGGGUUUGCACACCCAACUCCAACACGAAUACUUGUCAAAACCGAAAUCUUUCACGAAAAAAUCCAUCCCUUCUUUAAACGAAUCUACGUUGUGGCGAACGGAACCGAUCGUUCUUUUUUGUGGUAUCAUCUCCGUGAAUGCGAUUGAUAAACGGUUUUCGAAGAAACCAAUUCGUUUUGAAAUUUCUUUGGGGCCAAGGAAUUAUUUGGGGGAUUGGAACCAAACGUUUCCGAACGUUUCGGACGAGAUAAAACCGGUUACGAACGAUAAGGUGUAUUGGUAUUUGGAUUUUCGGGGUAAAAUACCCUGUAUCAAUUAUCAAAAUCACUUUCCAGAUUUUAGACGAAGAUUUUUUAAUAAGAAUAUGAUAAGAAAAAUUUCGGACGAUCUGAAAAAACGUUUAGAUGAUAUUGAGCCUUUAUUUCAAUAUGAGAGAUGUCGAAUUCCGAGUGGAUUAAUCGGGAAAAAAUUAGAUGAAGCUUUAAAUGUUUUAGCAGAAGGAUGUAGGAAUUACAUCGAUGUUGUUGGCCGAGUCAUCGGGGACCAAGCAACAAAUUUAGACAAAGAGAAAAUCAAACUUUGCUUAAAAGAAAUGGAAGACAUUGAAAAAUUAGCCAAAACAAUCUACAAUUUCAAAACGAAAAAAAAAUCUUACAGGAAAGCCCAAAAACUUUACAUCAGACUUUCGUUAUUAGAAGACCACCCUCAAGAUUGUUGGCCCGAUAUUUUAAUCUAUAUGAUGUGUAAUGGAAAAAAAGUUGCGGCACAAAUGAUCGAAUCCGAAGACGUCGUUUUUUCAAUGGAAAAAUACGAAAUGGGACCAUUAUGUGGAAAAAUCCACAGUAUCCAUUUAAAUACCCCACUUAAAUUGAAGACCCUAAAAAAUGCUCUAAUCGCUUGCAAAAUGGAUUUGUUCCUUUGGGUCGGGUUAAAAAAGGAAAUCGAGUUUUGUUUUAACUCAUUACCAGAAGGAUUUUAUUACGAAACGACACGAAAUUUCUCAAAUUUACCAAGAUAUUUAAGUUUGAACACAAAAAUUAAUUUUCAAUGUCGAGCUCACAUUUACCAAGGAAGGUUUAAAUUCGGAGCUGAUGUAACGGGAUUAUCAGACUAUUACAUUCGAGUUAUUUUAAACGAAGAAUCAGUAUGUACACAGAUAAUCAAGGGAAAAUUAAAUCCCUUAUGGGAUGAAACUGUGAUCAUUCCAUUUAUAACAGUAUAUGGUUCAGGAAAUUAUAUUAAAGAAAAUCCACCUACGUGUAUAAUAGAAGUUGUUGAUUAUGAUGAUAUACGUACUAGUCAAUACGUUGGAAGAAUUUUUGUAAAACCAGUUGUAAAAUUAAAAUCAGAUCCUUACACAAAACCCGAUUUCCCCCCAGUUUUAAAAUGGUACGAAGUGAUUCAGGAGAAUUUAUCUGUUGGGAAAGUGUUGUUGUGCAUCGAAUUGCUUGAAAUAAGCAGCGGACUAGCGUUAGCUCCUUCUCCAUCUAAAGAUAAAAUAAUAACAAAAAUUCCUGAUGAUAUACGACCAAUUUUGAGUGGAUAUAAAACAGAUAUUUUAUUUUGGGGAGUUAGACAUUUAAAAAAAUUGUAUGGGAUCCCCGUCACUAAACCAAAAAUCAUGAUCGAUUUUACUGUUACGACGAUCGAAUCCGAAACGGCCACAAAUAAAUUUCCCAAUUUCGACCCAAAAACAGAAAAUCUUAUCGUUAGUUUACCAAUUGAACAAGAUUAUAUCCCAUCUUUAGGGAUACAAUUAAUAGAAAAUCGUGCUUUCGGAAGAAGCACCUACGUCGCAAAUCAUAUAACAACAAUCGAUCGAUUCCUUUAUUACCCUUUAACUCGAGAAGAAAGAGAAUUCUCCUUAUCUCACCACGACACAAAAUCAUACGAUAGCAUGGAAAGUCAAGGUAUUUAAAAUCUUUUCCUUAACAUAUUUCUGGUUAAUAAUAAGCAAUUUUUAGAAAAAAUUAUAAUUACAAAGAAAAAAGAAAUCACCAAAGAAACUCAAACUGAUUUUCGUCAAGAAGCGAAAGAAAAAAUCGAAGCUGCUAAAGAAAAGUUACACGAAACGAAGAAAAAAAUUAAAUCAACGGUGAAAAAUAGAAAAGAAAAUCGUAAAAAGCAUGAAGGUAUCUUAGGAAAGUUUUCUAAAAAAAAGAAAAAAAGCGAUAUAAAAACACAUGAUACACAAGAAGACGAAAAAAAUACAAAAUCCGCUAUCGUUGAAAUGGAAGCUGAACCAGAAGAAGACGAAUUUGUGGAUUGGUGGACAAAAUUCUUUGUAUCAUGGCAAAACGUUUUAAACUCCUCCUCAACAUCAUCCACAGUAUACAGCAAAAAUUUUAGAUUAAAAAUUUACGAAGAAGAACUCGAAUACCAACCGGAAUUUAACGGAUUUCAAGAUACUUUAGCAACGUUUUCCUUGGUUAGAGGCGAAAGAAAAGAAGAUGAAGACAUCCAAAGCAAAGAUAUCAUGGGCGUUUUUAAAGGGAAUUUAAAAGUUUAUCCCUGGCCCCCAAAAACGGGCGUUCAAUAUGUUACUUUAACCGGGAAAGAUUUAAACAAUGGAUUUUUUCAAGAUGCACCCAACAACGAUAAAGUUGGAUUUAUCGCGCGGCUUUAUUGUAUUCGCGGGCUACAAUUGCGACCGAAAGAUCUUUCGGGGCAAACCGAUUCUUUUUUAGUUAGUUUUAUGGGUGAUCAAUAUUAUAGUACUUCGAACGAAUACGUUCCUAAUCAACUUAAUCCUAUUUAUGGAUCGUAAGAAAAAAGAUAUGGGGGCCAUUCAAAUAGAAUUAAGAAUUCUGUUAAUUUUAACGAAUGAUAUUGAGAACAAAAAGGUGCACGAAAAUGUGAUUAAAACAUGAUUGAGUA